AUGGCGCGGGGAGAAGGAGCCGAGCAGUACGCCGCGGGUUUACUGUCUGUGAAGCCCAUUGUGAACGCAGAGCUCAAGGAAAAGAAAAAAAGACCGAGAAAUGGUCUGUCUGUGUGGAACAAACUGUGCUAUGCCGUCGGUGGAGCGCCCUACCAGAUGACCGGCAGUGCUCUGGGCUUCUUCCUCCAGAUCUACCUCCUGGAUGUGGCCCUGCUGGAUCCCUUCCACGCCUCCAUCAUCUUGUUCGUGGGCCGGGCCUGGGACGCCGUUACCGACCCCACGGUGGGCUUCCUGGUCAGUCGCAGCAGAUGGACUCGCAUUGGCCGCAUGAUGCCGUGGAUCCUCAUAUCUACUCCCUUCGCCAUGCUGACCUACUUUCUGAUUUGGUAUGUGCCUCCAUUCGCACAAGGCAAAGUGGUCUGGUACCUGGUGUUCUACUGCCUGUUCCAGUCCAUGCAGACGUGUUUCCACGUGCCGUACUCUGCCCUCACCAUGUUCAUAAGCAAAGACCAGAAGGAGAGGGACUCGGCCACUGCUUACCGAAUGAUGAUGGAAGUCUUGGGGAACGUCCUGGGCACCGCCAUACAAGGACAGAUAGUGGGCGGGGCUACUGCGGAAUGUGAGACGGAGCCCAAUGUCUCGUUUACCACCAAUUCUUCACAGAUCAACAGGACCAGAGUCUCUCUUGACGAUACGAAACAUGCCUACAUGCUUGCGUCCGGAGUCAUCUGUGUGAUCUACGUUCUCUGUGCCGCGGUGCUGUUCCUGGGUGUGAAGGAACAUAAAGAUAAGAUCCGGGAAAAGUCCGCCCCACUCCCCUUCCUGCGUGGACUGUGGCUGGUGAUGAGCCACGGCCCGUAUGUAAAACUGGUGAUCAGCUUCCUCUUCACAUCUCUGGGCUUUAUGCUCAUAGAAGGUAACUUUGCCCUCUUCAUCACCUACGCCCUCGGCCACCGCAACGACUUCCAGAACAUCCUCCUUGUAAUCAUGUUGUCUGGUACGGUCACCAUCCCGUUCUGGCAAUGGUUCCUCUCUCGAUUUGGCAAGAAGACCGCUGUUUAUAUCGGAAACUCUUGGGCGCUCCCCUUCAUGAUCCUCAUAGUGUCCAUCCAAAGCAACUUGGUGAUAUCCUACCUGGUGUCUAUAGCAGCCGGAGUGAGUGUGGCAGCGUCGUUCCUUUUGCCCUGGUCCAUGCUUCCUGAUGUGGUGGAUGAUUUCAAACUUAAAAAUCCAGAAGUCCAUGGACACGAAGCAAUAUUCUAUUCUUUCUAUGUUUUCUUCCUGAAAUUUGCCUCUGGUGUGUCUUUGGGCGUCUCCACUCUCAGUUUGAAAUUUGCAGGAUAUGUAACCGGAGGCUGCUCCCAGCCGGGGUCGGUCAGUUUAACCCUGAAGAUGCUGGUCUGCCCUGUGCCUCUUGCGUUGAUUGUUUUGGGAUUGCUCAUAUUUAAAUCAUACCCAAUCGACGAGGAGACAAGAAAAUGCAAUCAGAAACAAUUGAAGGAAAUUACGGACUCUGAAACGGAUUCGGAAUCCGAGUCUUCAGCACUUGGGAGCAGUGUAUAA